AUGGAUGAGAUCUGGGAAAGAGCAGUGGAGACGGCAUUAGACGGCGAAAACGACGUCGCAUCUGUCCGGACGUUAACCCUUGAUGGCGCAGCGAAGUGCGUUCACGGCCGGUUACCGCCGCCGUCGAUUUUCGAGAAGUUUAGCAACCUCCAGCAUCUGUCUAUAGCGAAUAUUGGCCUUUCGUCUCUUGAGCAGUUUCCUCGGCUUCGGAAUUUGCAGAAGUUGGUGCUAUCUGAUAAUCGGAUUUCUGGAGGCCUUGAAUUCCUUGUUGAGGCGGGGUUAGAGUUUCUGAUUGAUCUUGAUUUAUCGAAUAACAGGAUUUCGGAUGUUAAUGAUUUGAGGCCUUUGGCGGAGCUGAGGUUGGUGUCACUGGAUCUUUACGAGUGUCCGGUUACGCGGGUUACGGACUAUAGGUCGCGGGCUUUUGAGUUGAUAGGGUCUUUGAAAUACUUGGAUAAGAUGGACGCCGAGGGGAAUGAGAGGCCUGAGUCGGAGGAUGAGGACUCGGAUGAUGAUGAUGAUGAUGAUGCUGGGAGUGGGGAAAUUGAAGGGGAGAAUCGGCCGUUUAGCUUGAGUAACGAGUAUCUAACUAGGAAUGAUGGGGUUAUUGAUGUUGACGAGGACGAGGAGAGUGAUGCGGAUGAGGAGGUAACUGAGACUUCUAGAGGGGUUAAUGGAUUAAGUGGUGCAAGCAAUUCCCAUCAUCUCUCGAAUGGGCUUAGGGUAGAGGGUGAGGGUGAUGAGAGUGAGGAAGAUGACGAUUCGGUGGAAGAGAUAUAUGAAGAAGAUGAGGGGGAGGAUGACGAUGUGGUGGAGGUCCAUGAGUUAGAUGGCAGUAGUGACAAGGAAGAUGGGGUGGAGGAUGAUGAAGAAGAUGAUGAAGAGUUGGAUGAUGAUGAGGGCGAUUUUGAGGAGCCUGAUAGUAACGGGAGGUUGAUAGGCGUGGAAGGAGAGAUUGAUGGGCAUGAGCAGGGUGAGGAGGACGAUAACGGAGAGACAGGAGAGGAAGAUCUGGAGGAUGGAGACUUUGAGGAUGAAGAUGAGGAAGAAGACUGUGGCACAGGGUACCUUAUUCAACCAGUUGGGCAAAUACAGGUAGAUGCCGAUGGUAGUCACUUGGACCGAGGAAAUGAAGGUGAAGAUACUGAAAAGGAAGAGGAUAUCAGCGAAGAAGACGACCAAGAUGGUUCACCCCAGGAGCUCCCGACAUCUUCUGGAAAGAGAAAGAGAGACAAAGAUAAUGAUAAUGAAGAGGAUGAUGAGGAGGAGGAGAAGAAGAAGCACAAAUAA